AUGUGCCGUCCUCGGGCCGCAACGUUCUUCUUCUUCUUUUUCUUCUUCCUUUGUUCGGCAUCGUCAGCGCUCGCCGGCGGCAGAGCGGCGGCGCUGUACAGUGAGUGGAGGUCCGCCACCGCUACCUACUACGGAGACACCGGCGUCGCUACAGGUACAUGCCCAGCUUUCCUGCUCGCCUGUGGACGCGUCAGACGGGAUUCUUACAGCUCUGGGCUUAAGCUUCCUCUGUGGGUUCCUUCUGGUCCGAGAAGGCGGAGCUUGCGGCUAUGGCGUCCUCCGGGAGGCGGCCUACCGGAGGAGUGCUGCGGUGAGCGGCACCCUCUUCGGCCGGGGCAGCGCCUGCGGCGGCUGCUACGAGCUGAGGUGCGUGGAUCACAUCCUCUGGUGCCGGCUAGGCAGCCCCUCCACCGUCGUCACCGCCGCCGACUUCUGCCCUCCCAACUACGGCCUCUCCGGCGACUCAGGCGGCUGGUGCAACUACCCGAGGGAACACUUCCAGCUCCCAGAGCCCUCAUUCUCCGACAUCGCGGAGAAGGCGGCCGACGUAGUCCCCGUCCAAUACAGAAGGUACGAGAAACGAAAACCCUUGUUUCGUCUUCCUUCCACUAGGGUUUCCACUGAGAGAGUGUCGGCGUUGGCGUGUGCAGAGUCGACUGUGAAAGGCUCGGGGGGGUGAGGUUCACGGUGAGCGGGAGCUCCUCCUUCUACCAGGUCCUGAUAUCGAAUGUCGGCGCCGACGGGGAGGUAGCCGCCGUGAAGGUGAAGGGGUCGAGAACCGGGUGGAUCCCCAUGGCGAGGAACUGGGGGCAGAACUGGCACUGCGCCGCCAACCUCCUCGGCCAGCCUCUCUCCUUCGAGGUCACCACCGGCGGCGGGAGGACGCUGACCUCGUACAAUGUCGCUCCGGCCGACUGGAAGCCCGGCCAGACCUUCGACGGCAACCAGUUCCAUUAA